AUGUCGCUCGUUCAUCGCAAGGGCCGUCAGUCCGGCCGCGCCGCGCUGCUCCGGGGCGUCCUGGACGACGUCGAAGAUUUACAGCGGGACCUUGGCCGCGGAAAGGCCGCAAACAACGCGCACAGGGCCUCAGAGCUCGUUCGGCUGUUCCAGAUUUGCCAGUACUGCUCGCUGGAGGAGGCCGUUGUGGCGAUUCUCGGCUCGGGCGGGCCGUUCGUCGCCGGGCUCGAAUUUUCGCGGGGCGCGGGCGUCCGCGACAUCCCGCUGCAGCCGGCGGUCGUUCUGGCGUGGGUCGACCGGUUCCUGCGGCCGGACGCGGCCCGCGAGCUCCGCGACGCCGCCGCCAAGGUGACCAGGCGGCUCCGCGACGUGCGCGCUCGGACGAUGAAGGCCGUGAAGACCGCCGCGCUGCGCUGGGAGAUGCCGAACUCGCGCGGCGAAUUCGGCACGGUCUUCGAGCCGCGCGAGAGCCUCCGCGACGGCUCCCUGGAGGUGUGCGUCAGGUCGGACAUGCCCCUGACCACAGCGACGUUCAGCGCGCUGGUCCUGCACGACGACGCGUCCCUCAACCUGGACGAGGGCUCCCUGCUGCUCUGCCUCGUGCGGGCGUACGCCGGGGCGCUCGCGGACGCCGACCCCCAGGCGGGGUCUCCGCACGACACCCCCGGCACGAAAAUCACCCCGGGGGGACUCGCGUCGCUCCUGAUCGAGGCGGAGAACAUGUGCCUGCCGCCCAGCAUGCCCAGCAUGGCGCGUUCCCUCCCCGCCUACCACAAGCGGCGCACCGUCCUGUUCAACCGCCACGUGCGGCCGCUGCUCGGCACCCCGCGUGGGGACAGCGUCUUCCUGCCCGAGCGCGUCGUCGCCGCGUGGCUCCCGGGCGUCGGCCCGCUGCCGACGUGGGCGCAGAAGACGUCGUGGGGGGGAGUCCCGGAGGGCGGGGGGUCGUCCGGGGCGGGGAAGCGGUCCUCGCUGCCGACGGAGAUCGACGGCGUGGACGCGCUGGUGCAGUUCUGA